CAGGGUUGUACUAUUUUUCUAAAGCAUAAGGAAAAGGGAGGCAAGGAGUCAAGCAAUAGAGAGGAAAGCCAGUGAAAACAGCACCUGGGGCAAAGCCUGGAGAGAUGGUAAUGGUGCUGGGCUUCAAGAAGGAUAACAGGUCUGGUGCAUGCAAAAAUCUCUGUCUUAAGGACUGAGCGUAAAAGAUGGUAUUUCAUUCCUCUCCCCUCCCACAGUUCUUCAAUCCUGACUGUGAGUGGGGAAGGAAGGCGGCUCUCUGCUGCUGAGGAUAGGAUGCCAGGGAGCCUCUCUUGGGGAGGAAAAAAAGAACCCUUCGGUUGGGCUUAGCAACGACAAGAAGAGAGAGCAGUCACCCCAGAGAAGAGCGCUCCAUUCCCUCCCGUGGCUCUCAGAAUGAGCUGAGCAUCCACUCAGACCAAGCCAGAAGCUGGACAGUGGAGCAAUGCAGCAUUGUCCUCCUCAGGAUCUGGGCAUCUCAGGGGAGAUUGCUGGCUGAGCCCUAAAGCUCUUGGACACAUGGGGGACUCUUCAGGGGCUUAGGGACCGACCCUUUUCAUGAUUAUGUUGUGCAUGCCGAAUGAAGUACAGGGCUUCUUUGAUGUGGACCUGGCCGCAGCUGGGUGAGCUGUGUGUGGCAGAAAGAGCAUGAUGCGCCGUUGCUUUUGCUGAGAAGAGAAGACCAGGAGAGAGAAGCCACACUGCAGAGGACCUUGCAGCAGUCAGGCUGCGUGAACGACACAAAUGGCGAACGCUGGACAGCCUUUUUAAAAUUUCUUCUUCACAUUUUUAUGAGUCCCUUCCAAGCUCAUGGGCACACCUUUCCAGUGGACAGUAGACUCCCUGUGACAUUUACCUCGCCACCAGACAUUAAAGAGAAGUUUAUAUUAAAAUCCUAAAUAUGACCGUUGCUACUGGAGACCCCACAGAUGAAGCAGCAGCUUUGCCCGGUCACCCUCAGGACACCUAUAACCCAGAAACUGACCAUGAAUGUUGUGAGAGGGUGGUCAUUAACAUCUCAGGACUACGGUUUGAAACACAGCUUAAGACACUUGCUCAGUUUCCAGAUACCUUGUUGGGAGACCCUAAAAAAAGAAUGAGAUAUUUUGAUCCUCUCCGGAAUGAGUAUUUCUUUGACCGAAACAGACCCAGCUUUGAUGCUAUUUUGUAUUACUACCAGUCUGGUGGUCGGUUAAGACGGCCUGUCAAUGUGCCCUUGGACAUAUUCUCAGAAGAGAUAAGGUUCUAUGAACUUGGAGAAGAAGCUAUGGAGAUGUUCCGGGAGGAUGAAGGUUAUAUCAAGGAAGAGGAACGGCCUUUACCAGAGAAUGAAUUUCAGAGACAAGUGUGGCUGCUCUUUGAGUACCCGGAAAGCUCUGGACCUGCCAGGAUUAUAGCAAUUGUCUCUGUCAUGGUCAUUUUGAUCUCAAUUGUAAGCUUCUGCUUGGAAACUUUGCCUGUGUUCCGGGAUGAGAAUGAAGACAUGCAUGGGAGCAGUAGUAAUCCAAGCCCUUAUUCUAAUAACACAUUGGGGUCUCAGCAACAAACAUCUUUUACAGACCCCUUCUUUAUAGUUGAGACACUCUGCAUCAUUUGGUUCUCCUUUGAAUUCUUGGUGAGAUUCUUUGCCUGUCCCAGCAAAGCUGGAUUUUUUACUAACAUCAUGAAUAUUAUUGACAUUGUAGCCAUCAUUCCCUACUUCAUCACCCUUGGAACAGAACUGGCUGAGAAACCAGAAGAUGGUCAGCAAGGCCAACAGGCAAUGUCCCUUGCCAUCCUGCGAGUGAUACGUCUGGUGAGGGUCUUCAGGAUCUUCAAACUCUCCAGACACUCCAAGGGGUUGCAAAUCUUGGGACAAACCCUUAAGGCCAGCAUGAGGGAGCUAGGCCUUUUGAUAUUUUUCCUUUUCAUUGGUGUCAUCCUGUUCUCCAGUGCUGUCUACUUUGCAGAGGCUGAUGAGAGUGAAUCUCAGUUCCCCAGCAUCCCUGAUGCUUUUUGGUGGGCUGUGGUUUCCAUGACAACAGUUGGCUAUGGAGACAUGGUCCCCACCACCAUAGGUGGGAAAAUAGUUGGCUCCUUGUGUGCCAUUGCAGGUGUAUUAACAAUUGCCUUACCAGUGCCGGUUAUAGUGUCCAAUUUCAACUACUUCUAUCACCGUGAGACAGAGGGAGAGGAGCAAGCUCAAUACUUGCAAGUCACCAGCUGCCCAAAGAUCCCUUCUUCCCCUGACCUAAAGAAAAGCAGAAGUGCCUCCACUAUUAGUAAGUCUGAUUAUAUGGAGAUACAAGAAGGUGUGAAUAAUAGCAAUGAGGACUUUAGAGAGGAGAACUUGAAAACAGCCAAUUGCACCCUAGCUAACACAAACUAUGUUAAUAUAACCAAAAUGCUAACUGAUGUGUAGCUAUCAGGGUGGGGGAGGGGGGAAAGAACCCUAAUAACAUAUAUAAAACCAGUGGAACAAUUGCAGAUGUUGCAUAAUACCUUGCAUUGUAGUUAAUACAAUAUGUUCUACAACAUGUAUUGGUUCUGCAUGGGAGGCAAUAGUUGUGUAAGUGACUCUUUUUCACAUUUGAUGCUCAAAAGCUUUCAUACAAUAUCUUUUUCCAUCAUGGAUUUCUGAGUAUAUGGAGCAUUCAAGGCAAAACUAUGUCACAAUAUCAAAUGAAAGACACUGGAGAAAAACAAAAGCAACCAUCUCCCCAUGUAAACAACAGUAACUAACAAAUGCCAAAAAGAUAUGUCAUUUUAAUAUAGAACUCAACCCAUGCAAAAAUAUAUCCCAAGGAAAUAGUAUGCAGCCAUACAUCUAGCUUUCAAGCUCCUGGAAUUAUACAAAAGGUCAUGCAUAGUUUAAUUAAUGGAACAUCCGUCCAAAUUACUUUAAGGUUCAGAUUUCCAGAUCAGGAAUGCCAAAGGGAGAAUAUACCAUGCAGGGUCAUGCUUCUGAACCAAAAAUGCUGCAUUGGAUUCAUCCACUGCAGCAUGUCAGUGUGAGGCUUGCGGGAGGCACUGUUUAGUAGGACAUUUUCUGUUGCUUUGGUAGAGAUACAUCAAGAGCCUGGAGACUUUUUUUAAAAAAUAAUAAUAACACAUGUGUUUUUGCUGGUUUGGGGGUCACCAACAUAUACAGAACUGAAAAGCAUUUUGUGUCAAAUGCUAGAGCAAGUAAGCUAUGGCCUAGAAUAUAUCUUAUACUGCAGUGCAAUUUAACCAGUAUUACAAUACUGCUGCAUGGAUAUUUGUUGCAUGGAUCUUAAUAUUUAAUACAAAAAUAUAUCUAUUUUCUUAAGUAGACUAUAGAGUGUACUUGUUUAUAAUGUUCCUAGAUUCUCCAAUGGCUUGAAGGAGAUUCAUAGACAUAUAAGAGGGAUAAAAAACAAUGGGCUGAGAAGAGAUAUAUGCUGACCACAAAUUUGAUAAGUGAGGCAAAAUGUCCCAAGUGUUUGCUUGCAUGAAUGUGCAAGCCAAGGAAGGUAAUAUGAAGAGUACACACCUGUCUUCUGAAUGUAGGGAGCAAGUGGCGAUUAAUGGAUUAGUGGCAUUAGAUGCAGAGAUGUACAGCUGACCAAAGACAAUGAACUGUUCAGUCAUAUUUGUAGUUAAAGGACCCCUGGAUUACAGUGUUAUGCAAAUGUUAAGCAACCAUUUGAUAUAUGAAUGCAGAACCCACAGAAGUGUGGACUGUUAGACAUUCAUGGCUAACAUACAAAGGUAUAGAAUAUCAAUGACUUCAUCUGAAGUAUAUUGUCCUGCAACAGAUCUGGCUUAAAAUGUUCAAUGCAUCUUCCAGAAGUACAUGGAUUUAUGCAAUAAUGCUAGCCCAAGGCCAUUUAUUCAAGUAUGGGUAUGUUUAUCCCUUGAAAAUGGGUCUUUGGCUGCACCAGUUGAGUGGUUAUGUGAAGACUUGCAUUGCAUGGCUUAGUUAAGGGUCCAAUUGGGAUGUUGUCCUGCUGUGGCAUCAAUGUUCUUCAGCUCAGAGGGAAAAAGAACCCACAUCUCCUCUUAGAUUAGAUAUGGACAACUUGCACUUCUCUGUAUAUUAUGGGGCUGCAACUCCCAUUAUCUCUCACUAUCAGCUGUGCUGACUAGGGAUUAAAGAUGCUGCAGUCUGGCAACAUCUGAAGGCCCACCUAGCAACUACUGCCGUAGACAAUAACUCUCUUGGAAGCAGUGCCAAAUUGUUAUAUGAUCGCAGAAUGUGCUUUGGGUAAAGGAGGCAAAAACAUUUCUUCAUGGAUUUCAUAAACUGGCAUCCUAGACCUAUGCCCUGUUGCUGUUUCCCCUUCAGCUCUCAUAAAGUAGGACAACAGUACUUUAUUCAAAGCUCAUUCUGCUACCAACAUCCCAAGAAAGUUGCAUUUGGAAGCAACAGGAGGAUGAAUGUGAGUAAGUCCUCUUCUUCUCAUCAAUUUUCCAUUCUAUAGUAGCCCAGUCAUUAUGUAGCAUGUAUUAUUUACACGUGAUGCUAGCCCUGCCCCAUUGUGUCACACUUUCAGCCCAGGACAGGGGAAGGCUUCUGUAUUCAUGCAGAUUCUCCUUGUGAGCCAGAAUCCUGUUUUUCCCCCCAUUGUUCUGGUUCAUGUUGGGAGCCUAGAUGAAUAGUGUGGCCUCCUCUUCUUCAAACAGUUUUAUAUACUGAAAGUGGUGGUGGAAUGUGCCCAAUGCACUCCCCUCCUUGCAUGGGGAGAGCAUGCUCUAAGAACAAGAAGAUCAGGUUAACAUCACGUGUGGAAUAAUAGAUUUGGUUCAGAGGCAGUUAUGCGGAUUCCUCACAGCUCCAAAACCUGAGCUGUCAGACAUUAUUUCAACUGCUUGGCAGGAUCCAGAAUAUGUUGUCUGUGACUAGGAAGUCUCCAUUCAUGAAAGAAACUCUGCCCAAUUUGGAGAUGAUCCUUCCUUUUCCUCUGAACCCUGCUCAUCCCAAUCCCCAUGGUCCCCCAAACCCCAUGUGGCAUUUUCAGGGGGUUGGAGGGCCUGCCAUGGGAAAGAAGAGGCAAGGAAAUCCUAAAUCUGAAUCCAGCUGGCUAUGUUUAUUUUAAAUUGCAUAUACGAUACAUAGAGUACAGAAUAAUAAGCAGUCCUUGAAACUGACCCUACUCAAAACAUUGCAAAGGGAACACAACUCAAGACCCCAACAAGAUAUGCCAACUGAAUCUUGCAGCUGGUAUCCUUCUACUGAGUGUGGAUCAACAGUGAUGAAUGCAUGCUGAAGGCCAGUUCACAAACCAAAUGUAUGUGCUGAGAAUGAGACCAAGUGGAUGAGUGCAAAGUUGGCCACAAGGUAAAGUGGAUGCAUAGGCACUUCACAAUGAAGCUAACUUGCACUAUAAAAUCUAACUACUGACUGCACCACAAUUAAUCCACUUCCAACAACUUUGCAUAGAGCAAUAUAAGUUGAACUGCAAGCUGGGUGUAAAGUGAAGUAAUCACUAAGCUGCUUCUACCACAUGCUAAACUCAGCACAAAUCCACUCAAAGUAGCAUUUUUAGCAAGCUGUCCCCUGUGUUGGUGCCAAAGGGGAAACAUAUAUCACAAAAAUUGCAGUCUAUUUACAAGUUUUGAAUUAUACAAAACUAAUGCUAUCCAUUGUUUGUUUUCAUUCCAUGUGCUGUGCAGGGAAACUGAGUCAUCAGUUGGAAUUUGAAAGCUGUAAAGUUAAAAAUUCCUCUGAAAAACUGAUGUUAGAUUAUCAUGAUAACAUUUAGGCCAGUUGCAGAUUUUUUUAAACCAGAGCCCACCCACACCAAAGAAAGGUCCUAUCUAAGGCCAGAGACAGACAUUAAAGAUAAACCAUGACUGGAAGGAUAUACUGUAGUUAACUAAUGAAAGUGAGUGUCAGUAGCACAAACUUGGAGAUUAUGCAAAUUAGCUUCCUUUGUUUAGUGAUUGGUGUUUGGGCAUCUAAGCAUGUGAUUCCUCUGAAGUUGUGAAUUCACAAACACAGAAAGGCUGCCUCAUUAUCAUGCUAAUUUCUCUCAUGUCUGUUUCUGGCCUAAAUCUUCUGAUAGCCACUGCAAUGUGUCCUAUAGAUAAUCAGGAAAACAAAGUAUCAAAAUAUGAAUUUUUAAAAAGGAAGAAAUCCAGAAUAGUCUUUUCUAAAGAUAAAUGAUCUGAGGGGCUUUACUAGCUCUAUAACUCUAUUAUCAGUACUGGUGUUUGCAUUGCAGGUUUAAGUCCGCCAAUAUCAUAGUGCCUUGGACCAUUAUUGUAGAAUGCUGAUAAAGGAAUAGCUUGGCGUUACAUCUCUAAUUACUUGCUCUCCAAGUAUGCUAUGAAUUUCGAUGGCUAAUUUUGGAAUAUCUUUCGUUGCAGUGAGCACGGAUAGUAUAAUCCUUCCUAUUGCCUUAAGCCACUGCUAAAAAUAUUCUGUCCUCUCCACCCCCCUAUCUAUGUAAAGGAAGAAAAUAUACUUGGUUAAACAUCUUGGCAGGACAGAUUGCCUGCCCUGUGUAUUAGGGCACAUCAGUCUAUGCAAAAUGCAGGGGGAGGGAGUUACUUCAGGGACUUUUCUGGGGGUUCAUUCCUCAUGUAAUUCUGGGGUAGAAUCCCUGGUGCUCUAGAGAGCAAGGAACCAGAGUUAAGCCUAUUGGUUUCAACUAGAGUUGAAGCCACUUAUGCCAGAUCUGUAUUCACUCUGGAACUUCAGGAAUGAAUCCUUCUCCCCCUCUUGCUGCUUCCCAGAGUUUUGGGUUGUAUUCUACCAUCACCCCUCCUCCAUUUCAUUGCACUUUUUUGCUGCUGCAGUACUUGCUUUUUGCAGAUUAUUCAAGUUUAUACUAAUUUCCAUGCAUUUCUCCUUUUUCUUCAUAGAAUUGUAAAUUUAGGUUUUCUGAUCUUACCUUCUGGAUAAGAUUUCUGUGUUUAUUCACAGUUGCAGAAAAGCACCUAGCACCUUUCAUCUCUAAAGGAGCAGUAUAUUCGCUUUGUACACAACCCCAUAGCAAUUUUAUCAUUUGAGAUCAGAGCUCAGGAAACCUAUUUUUCAAGUAUAACUCACAGAAUACCCCCAUCCAAAUGGGCAUGGAGAAUCAUGGGAGUUGUAGUAUGAAAGCCUAACUUUUCUGAGCCCUUGUUUGGAUAUAUCCUUAUAGCUUUUGUCCUUUUGCCAUUCCAUCAAUAGUGGCUUGCAGUGGUCUGAAUCUGGUUAGCAACGUCUGUCCUUAAAUAGCACUAUUCUUGAUUAUAUGACCCUGGGCAUGUUUUCUGUUCUAUUCUUAAAUGGCUUAGUUUGAGUGCCAAGGUAAUGACUUAGGAAAAGACAUUGUAGUUGGUCAAGCUCCUAACAGGAAUGUCUGUACACUUUGGAGGGUUUGAAAAGAUGAGAGAUGAGUCCUGAGUCUUGAAGGUUGCCAGGCUUGGCCACAGGUCAUGGAAUCUUACUUUUUAAAAACUUCUACUGUCAUAAUUUCCAGAAGUGCAUCUGUGCUAGGAUGUAAUUGGUUGCAUCAAAAGCUGCAAAGCAUGGCUAUCUAAACCAAUAACAAGUUUUAUUUGGUGUCAGUUCUUGUGAACUGGAUCUGAAAAGGCAGGGUGGAGUCCACAAAAGCUUACACCAAAAACAAACAAACAAAAAAACUUUUGGUUCUUAAGGUACCAUAAAACUCCCUGCUUGGUUUUGCUCUACUAUAGCUUUUCAUAUCCAUCAUCAGGAGAGUUGAAAAGCAGAUGAAAACAGUCUACCUAGUGACCCUUAACUGUGGCAAUUGACUUGUGCAUGUUGCAAAGCAAAACAAAAUAAUGCAAACAAUUAGCAUCCUCAGAACUGAAAACAAAACUACAUAUCAUUUGAGGUUUUGAACGUAGACCAUUGUUUAAAUAGUGAUAUGCUGAAAGAGUGACUGAGAAAACCAAGGGAAGGGCUGUGUCAUAAAAACAACACCAUCAUAAGAGUGUUUACUCAGAUGUAUUUAUUUAAUUUAUUUACAAUAUAUUUACCCUGCCUUUCUCUUUAAAAGAGAACCCAUUUUGUUGGACUUGCUCAGUUGUAAUGAGGUUUAGAGUGCAGCCGUCUUAGAUGUGUUGGAGAAAGAGAGAAAGCCAAGAAUAGAAGAGGGUGCAGUGUUCUAUUGUGCCCAAGGUCAAACGGGCAUAUUUAAUGUACAUUAAAUUUAAUGUACAAUUGUUUUGAUGAUCGUGUUGCAGUCCAGAUGCUAUGUCAGUAAUUUGAACCAUUAUCCCAGCAGCAGGAAACCAACACCCAGUCCUACAAACCUGGCCUCACCCAACCACAGUGCUAGAGCUAACUACCUGUACCUUUGCAGAAUGUUGUGGUGCAGAGCUGAAGCUGCAGACCACAGCAGGUGGGAAGGAGCAGAUGGUAAGACAGGAGUGUUAUGAUGAACGCUGAAAUAAGGAUGGCAGGACCUGCAGGUUUGAGGCAAGGCUGCCUCUUACCUUUAUCAUGUGAGACUUGUGAGUGCAGCAGUCCACUAACCUGUUAGCAGGUAUUAGUUAAGGUGACUAUAGGGGAGGCUAUUCAAGAUCAAGGUCAUAUUUGUACCCAUAAGGAUAGUAACUUGGCAUUCAAUAAAAAGUGGACUCAAAGGGAGGUUCAUUAUCUUGUCAUUAUAUGUUUUGGAAACAUGAGCAUUAGUCUUUAGCCAGUGGGGUGGCUACUGAGCUUCUCCCAGAGGAAUAAUACAAUAAUACUACUCAACACUACCAGCCCAGAAUGUCUUCUUGGGUAGGUGGUGUAAAAAAUGUGAAUGUACAAUCUGGAUGAGUGUUUCAUUAGCAUUCCUUAUUUUUCCUAGAUAGAGUAGGUUAGACCACUGAUUUGGAGGGCACAAUCUUAUGUAUAUUACUCAGAUUUCUAAAAUGACAACCUAGACUGGAAUAAAUAUAUGGCUGAGAGUAAUAUCUGAUGCAGGAGGGGAAAAAAAACAAAUUGGUUGUUUAAUGAGAUAUAGUUUAGUCUUUAUUUCAACCCGAUCCAGGAAGUAUAAGCUCUUAGAUCUGAUGCAAGAGGCUCUAUACAUCCUUACAGUGUCUGAUUCCUUUGUGCCUGUUAAGCACCUUUUGUGUCUCUAUCUUACACAUUUUGUGAAAGUUACUCAGGGUUCUCUGCAUGUGCACAAUGUCUCUCUUCUUUGGACUUCAUUUUAGACCCCAUGUUUCAUAGCUGAAUGUUUGACAUCUCAUUUUAUGUCCCUUAUGAGUUGUUGGUUUUUUAAAUCAAUUAAUCUGUUGCACUUAGGCCUGUAUCCUCAUUAUCUUAUGUUCAUCUGACAGUGCACAGACAUAUACCUUACAUUCUUUUGCUACUUCCUUCAGGCCUAGGUUAUGCAUGCAGCAUAAUGAGGGGGGGGGACUAGCAACAAGCAGCCUUGUUCUGUGCCCAUUCAUUGUUCCAGUCAACUAUGCCUACAUCCAUGAUACACUUUUCCACACAGCCCAAUAAUUACAGAACCUCCUGUGGCUACUGAACAUGUUCAGUCCACACUGGGGUGUUGGAGUGAGGGGUGUGUGUUCCUCCUUUAUGGUUUUUCUCCUAAAGAUUUUUUAAAAACGUCUAUAAACUUUGAGGCUCUCCUGAGUGUCCUUAUAUUUCCAUCUAUGCAUAGGUGGUGCCAUUUUAUUCACAUGUACAAUGUUAUUCACAUCUAACCACUGGAAACAGAGAGAAUGGUGAAGCAGUGGAAUUUGGAGGUGGUAUCAUGGCUUAUGCCCUUUCAAACUGUAGCUGGAAGAUUGUAUUGUGAAUGACUGAUGUGACAAACACUCUGGAAAAAGAAGGCUAGAACAGAGGCUGUGAUAAUGAACUAUAGAUAUCUAUAUAAUAGUCUUGAAAAUUUUUACUUACAGGAAAUUGUGUGAGUUUGUUUUCCUAAUCUGGAGAAGGCAUCCUCCACCUGGUUUGGUGGUGUCCAUUCUACUGUAUCAUUAUGGCCCACAUGUUGACUGGGCCUAAGAAACUAGACUGUGAGGCCAGAAACAUGACUACAGUUCGCAAGGCAGCAGAAUUCUUAUCUUCUCUGCUUCAGAGGUGAAUAAAUAAGAUAGAAAAUGUCUUCAGGGCACCCUUUGCUAGCCAAACAGCAUGUAAAUGCAGUGACUUCUUCUCCUCCCACCCAAAUGAAGGCAAACAGAUCCUGUAGACACAAAUAUCAUUCAUACUAAGUAACAACAGGGAUAACUCUAUACACUUGGAUGGGUGGCCAGUAAGUCGCCCCCUUCUCAAGUAUUUCACAGUGCUUGUCUCAGGGUAGGAAAGGCAAAUUCUCAGAUUCGCAGUGUUCCGUAUAAAUUAGUUUGAUUCUAAAAGUAGGAAAUAUUUUGAUUAUAAAAGUAGGAAGUCUAUCAGGGUCCAUCAAAAUGUCUUUUUGCCUGUUCCUGAUGAUAAGUUGAGGUAAUAGGCACUUAGGAUAUGUAUUUAUUACUAUUAAUAGUAAUAAUAAUUUGCUGGAGUAAUAUAAGGCAUUGACAUUAGUACUUUGAUAUCAUGUUUGUACAGUAUUUUGAAGAACUGGAAAUGCGCACAAAGAUGUUUUGAUAUACUCUGAAGUAUUUUUCAGAUGGGGUAGAAAAUUAGAAACAAGGUUGCUUAGGAUUUCUUUAAAAUUGUAGCAUAUGUAUUUGUAAUCAGUCCCUUUAAAGAUUAUUUGCUUUGAGUGCAAUAAAUAUAUAAUUACACAGACUAUGGUGGGCAUCACCAAUAUGUUUUGUUCUCCAAGUUCAGCCUACAUUGUGGAACUGUUACAUGUUAUACAUAGAAUAAUGUGAUUCUCAGGCAGAUAAUGCAUCAACUGCUGUUUUGUGAUUGAAUACAAGUGUCUAGGUAUCAUGGAAAUUGUCUGUAAAGUGAGCAGCAAUGAACUGUUCUGUAUGGCCACAGUAGCACCCAAAAGAGAAAAAGAAGGAAAGAAAGAAAGUAAAGAAUUUCUUCUUGAACAGAAGGAGGCUGAUUUCAUCAACUUCCAUAAUAUCAUAUCAGCUGUUAGAAUAAUGUAUAUAGAUGUACAUAUCUCUGCAGCUAUCUUCUGCAUUGUUUUCUAUAGCCUUCAUAACACUGUGGUAUACCUAGAAUGAUGUUAAAAGCAUGCAGCAUGAGGGUGUAUAAACAUGGGCAUUUUGUACAUAAAUCCACAGAUGAAAUGUGAAAGAACAGUAGCUGUUUCAAGGAAGGUCAUGCUUUGUAAUCAGAUCAUUCAUGGGUCAGCUACUGAAUGUACUGCUGAAAUCUCCUAGUCUUUCUGGAGUGUGCAAUACACUAGAGAAGGGUCCAAAAAUCUCACAACAGAUCCAGCUAGUUUUGCAAGGUCAGACUGAGGGGAGAUUGACUCUCCCCAAUCUAUUCUUCAACAAAGAAGAAAUGUAGUCAUCACCCUUCUCCAUUUUCUCAGAUAAGUGAAACAAGACCUGCCUUGGGGCUUGUGCGAAUUCUGAUCUGGAUCUGGAGUCUGCAGUUUUGGUCCCAUCACUAGUAUUUAUGUUACUAUGCAGGUGAAGCCAAAAUAUGAGCUAAGGUAUCUGUUUGUUUGCAGUGCACCCUUCAAAUUUAAACACUAUGUCUUUUUCGUACCUCUUACACCAAAGGAAGCAUCCUAUAUGCUAUUCCAUGCCACCUGAAGAAAAUGGCCUCUCAGAAGAGGGCACCAUUUCAGUGGAGCCAGAAAGGCAGCAGGCAUUACACAACAGAGCCUCAUUCAUGCUGACUACAGCAUACAGCUGCCCUCAACCAUUGGCUAAGGGUGAUGGGAGUUGUAGUCUCACAGCAUGCAUUCCCUAGCCUUACAAUAGCAUUUCCUGAAACUUAUGGGUAGGUGAUCUGUAUAAAGAGGAAUAGGGCAAAAAGAGAGGAACAGAGAGGCAUGGUAUGCAUUUAGUAGAGAGGCCUGGUGAUUUCUCAGAAGUCAGCCACACCAUUGCUCUGAGCACCAUGUCAGCAUCAUUCAUCCCAACCCCAACCAAGAUUGAGUGGGAAAGGGGACUUCCAGCAUUACUGGAAGAUCUAGAUUGCUGGCCUGCAGAUUCAUGCCUAGUGUCCCCUAAGGGGCAAAUCCACUUUCAUAACGUGCAGACUUCUAUUUCCACUCCAACUUUUAGAGCAGCCUGCUGACUCUUUGGUGGACCAAUGUUUAUCAGAUGCAUUGAAACCUACAUGUUUGUGGGCUAGAGCCUAAUCAGACGCAUGAAUCUACCAAAGUGGACAGCAGCCCACUGAAAGGAUAUGCCACAACACAUCUGUUAGUCUUGAAAGUGACUUAAGGUUCUUUUUCGUAUCCUGCAACAGAUUCCAAUAUUUAUUCUUGUAAACCAUUUCAUAUUACUUGCUUCUUGGGGCCAUAGGGUGAGGACCUCUUCCAAGCACAAACCCUUAAAUAGCCUUUCAAGGCUGAGCUGACCUGACCCAGCAGCUCAUGGUCAUGUAUAGCACAGUCCUCAAACCUUUUUUCUUCUCUUUCUUUUUGGCAAAGCACAUGUCCUGGCGGCCCUUAAGAACACCCUCCCCCCCAUACAGGACUUCAGAAUCCCUCUGUGGAGCUCUCUGUCCUGUUUUCUUAGAAUCUGAUUACGUUUUAUCUCUUUGAGAGGCCAUUUCAAGCCCCGCAGAACACCAUAAUUGUGACAAGCUUUUUAUCUUUUCAAACCUAAGGAUAGAUCUUUUUGUUGUUGUUGUUGUACAUCCCUGAAAUACUGCUUCCUUUCCUUUUUCUCAUUCCCAUGUCCCAAAGAAAAUGUCAAGGAGUGGACAUUUUAAAAGUGCUGGACCUUUCUUCUGUCCUCUGUUCUGAAGAGGCUUCUGCUUAUCAGCUUGCAGAAUUUAGAUCUUGGCUCAAUUUUAGCUAAAUUGUGCUCAUUAAUCUUAGCCCCUCAAUCUGGCCAAUGGAAGAUUUUAAGGUGAUAGCUGGCAAAUGAAUCCCUUAGUUCCCACUGAACUUCUCGGGUACAUUUUGGCUUCUAUAUGAGAUGUCUAAUGUCGUGCUAUUAAGAAUUUAAUUCCAAAAUCUAUGUGUAUGUGUAAAUAUGUAAUGAAAUUGUGCAUAUUAUUUCAAGAUUUGUAAGGCUGUUUUCUACUGAGUGCAAGGAAUGUAAUUAGCCAACUGCACCUGCUUCCCUGUUACCUGAGACAUUGCAGAUGACCUACAAAGUCAUAUUACUAAUUAUUGCUUGAAAUGUGAAAGGGAAAGGAUCCUGGAUCAAAUAAGCGUGUGUUUGCCUAAUUUGAGAGAAUCAAUAAGAAAGGGAAAUCCAAGAAAGAUUCAUAAUGAAGAUGCCAUGGAACUGAAUCUUUUGUUUCCAUGGUUACCGGAAGAAUGGGACCAAUAACGUUGAAAGGACGCUAAAGAAAGAACUCAUGAGAAUGGUGUAUCGUUUAACCAUGUAUUUGCUUGAUGAAAAUUUAGACACCAGCUGUAUCUAAAUUGCACAAUGUGUAUAGAACUUAUCAUUAUUAAUGAUGACUUACAGGAGUACUCAGCACUGACUGGAUAGUAACAGCUGAGAUAUUCCCUGUUAGUAAGAUGAAUUACCUGUACAUAAGGAUAGUUAUUUGUGUAUACGUGUAUAUACAAAUAUGCCUUGUCCAUUCCCAAAUGGGCAUUUGCUGUCUGGUUGAUCAUGUGUAUACAUAAUAAAUUCUUCAUAGAUUACCACCAAUUUUGUACAUAUCAGCACCUGUUAAAAAUAAAUAGUUAUAUUC